AACUUGACACCAUCCAGGAUAAAGCAGUCUGCUUGAUUGACACCACAUCCACCACCUUAAACAUUCACUUCUUCCACUAUUAAUAAACAGUGGCAGUCCACAAAAUGUACUGCAACAACUCAUCCAGUAUCUUUCAGCAGAAUCUGCAAAAUAAAUUUGAAAGUUAAAUCAAAGCCAUGCCUUUCUCUGAUCUUAACCAAAACUUAGAAAAAUUAAAAAAGAUCAAAUAAUCAGUGCUAUCAAUUAAUCACUGAACCCAACAAUAUGUUUUAAAUUAGUGCACUUGUUUUAGUCAUAGGAAGUUCUAAAAUAAAAUGUAUUAGUUAGCUAUGAUGAUGCAGUGACUAAGAAUGAGUGUAUCUUUUUCAGGCUGGCGGGGUGUCUUGGUGUAUCACCAGGAUCAGUGCUGGUGCCUAAUUCUUUACAAUUCAUAUAAAUGAUUAGGAUGACAGGAUCAAAGAUGUAUGACAGCAUGUUUAAGAGACACUUCGACACGUGAACAGGGAGGAGAUAAGGGUUACAGACCAUGUGCAGGCAGAUGGCGUUAGUUGAGAGUGGCAUCAAGGUUAGCACAGACAUAGUAGGCCAAAGGGUCUGUUCCUUUGCUGUACUGUUCCAUGUGUGGUAGCUUAGCAUAAAGAUAGGUAGGUAGGUAAGUUGUGAAGAGGACACAAGCUGACAAAAGGAUAUAGAUUAAAUGAGUGGUCAAAGAUCUAACAAAUGGAGUACAAUAUGAAAAAGUUGAAAUUGUCCACUUUGUCAAAAAGAACUUAAAAAAAAAUAUUAUCUCAAUGUUGAAUGGUUGCAGAACUCUGAGAUGUAGUGAGAUCCAAAUGUCCUAGCACAUGACUCGCAGAAAAUUAGUAUGCAGGUACGACAAGUAAUCGAAUGUUGUAGUUUAUUGUGAGGAGAAUUGAAUGCAGGAGUAAGGAGGUUAUGCGUCAGUUAUACGGGGCAUUGGAAAGAUUGCAUUUUGAGUACUCUGUACAGUACUGAUCAGUGUCGUAGAGAAGGAUUUUGGAAGCAGUUCAAAGAACAUUUUCGACUAAUGCCUCAAAUGAACAGGUUGCCUCAUGACCAAAGACGAGAAAAUUUCCUCUUGAGCUUAAGAGUCUGGGGUGAUUUAGCUGAAACAUCAGUUCAUGAAGGCACUUAACUGAUUGGAAGUUGAAAGCAUGUUUCCACUUGAGAGAGAAUCUAUAACUAGGGGUCAUAGAUCAAACAUAAAGGGUGUCCAUUUAAAACAAAGAUGAGGAAUUUUGUUUUCUCUCUCAGUAUUGAGGGUCUUUGGAAUUCCCAUAUCAAAAGGCAAUGGAAGCAGCUUCUUUCUAUUUUUAAAGAAGUGGUAGAUUCUUGAUUGCUAAAGGGUUGGAAGAUUGUUGUGGAUAUGCAGGAGUGUAGAGUUUGAGAAAAUCAGAUUGCCAUGACCUUAUUGAGUGGCAGAGCAGGCUUAAAGGACCGAACCUUGUUCCUUGUUUGUAUGUCCAUAUAUAAACCCAUGACAUCCAACAGAUGAAUGAGAACUUGGCCAUUUGAAAAUUCCCUUCAAGCCAUACAUGACCCUUAGAACUUUAAUUGCCAUUCUAUUAUUGAUCCUGAAUCAAAAUAUUAGAACUUCCUAACAACGCUGUGGGUAUACCUACACCAUGUGGUUUGUGACAGUUAAACAUGACAACUCACUAACACUUUCUUGGUUGCGUAUAGAGAAUGUUAAAUCAGUGUUGGCCUACUAAGUAUCUCUCAAUGCAGUGAAAAGAAUUACAAACAAAAGUCCCUUGCUGUAGCUUUGCUACAGAUCUGGGAAUGGGCUCAAUAUUGAAUACCAUAGCUGCAUCUAUUUUAGGUUUGAUGUUUACUGAGAUUUUUUUGAUGGCAGACAAUCAUCUUUAUUUUGAAUUGGUGAUACUCAGAUUGGAAAACCUGGUUAAUUUAUUUUCUUGCUUGUCCCUGGAACACUAAAGUCAGCGAAUUUAACGCAGAUUAGCAGGCGAACGUGGGAUCUUCUUGAUUGAAUGUCUGGCCCUAUUCUUCUUGCUCACAGAUGCUCUAGUUUUUUGCAACUUAACUAGCAACAAUAUCUGAUUGAAGUUUGUGCUCUGUGUGGCUCAGCUAUUCACUGACUGAACAAGCCUUUCCAGUGACAUCUUACUGUUGAUUUGAAAAAUAGCCUAUCUGUGACUCGACAUUGCAGAAAUCAUGUCAUUGACAGCGGGAUUGAAGAAUGACUUGGAGAGGCUGCUGUUGCGUUUCCAACAGACUGAAAGUGUGCGCUAUGAGGAAUUCUCUGCAAUCUGGAGGGACAUGAAGUUUUCCACUAUCUUUUAUGGAAAAAUGGGUAAAAAUGAUGGCAGAAAGUUCACCAGAGAAGCAUUAAUCUUGGCAAGUCAGUACUUCUUCCCCCCAUAUAGUUUUCAGAUCCGAUUUGGGGGCUUGUACCUUCUUUAUGGACUUUAUUAUACCCAGCUUUGUCAGCCAAAAGAAAAGAUAAGGAUGGCACUGAAAGAUUGGGAUGAGGUGCUAAGUUGCCAAGAAGAAAUGGUGAAAGCAGAACAUUUUGAUGCUGUUUAUGUUCUGAAAAAACUCUUACAUGACAAAGCCUUCCAUUUCACAGCAAUGCCAAUAUUACUGGCUUACAAUAAGAAAAGGAGAAAAAUACCCGGUAAUACUAUUAACGAUAACCUCCGGGAGAGAUCUAACCUGGUGUCUGAACUCAUUUCCGUUGAUGUUUUGGAGGAACUUAUGAAUAUCCAUGAUCAUUAUCAAACAAUGAAACGUAUGAUCUCUGCAAACAAAACCCAGCUGGACAAAGCAUUAAGUUUAAUUCGAAGUGACUUUGUUUCUGACUUAAAGAACAUAACGCUGGAAUUCCAACAGUGGCAAGAGAAAAAGAACUCAAGCUUGACUGACCAACCAGAUAUCUCUGGAUCCGAUGGUGAUGAAUCUAAUUGUCAAAAGGGCUCCAGUCGUGCACAGACCCUGGCAAAGAUAAAGUCAAAAUCAUACAAUUCCACAGUGAAGGCAUCUAGAUCCAGAAGGCAUCGACAAGUGAAAGUGGAGUCUUCAGAAUCUGGGUCUGACUGGGCACAAGUGAAGAGUUCCGAAAGAAAUCGGAAUUCCUCAGUUAAAAAGCACAGCAGAGAGAAAGAUUCUCCACCAACCAAGAGGAGAAGGCAGAAGCGUUAAAAUGGAUGUAAAAUAACUUUACCUACUACAAGUAAUCCCGACAGCUCCAGUAAUGUGAUCAAAAGUGAAAGCUGAAUGGAUCAAAGCAUGAUUACUGAAUCAGCCACAAAGUGCUACUUUUAUAUUUGGUAAAAAUAGAUGAAUAACAUUUCCUUGUGAUUUUAGAUAUAAUACACUGUUAUGUAGCAAUAACUCAUGAAUUGUAAAAGAUCUCUUUUCUGUUUAUAUGCCUUGUAUGUUUUGUGUUUUAUUCUGUUUAAUAUUAAAUGUAGGAAGGUAUGAUUUGACCUUUUUUUAUCAGGUCAGAUUUUCAUCAUUCGGGUAACAUUUUGGGAAAGUGUUACUUCUGUUGUUCGGUUACUGUGGCAUCAUACUUCUGCAUACCAGCUGGUCGGCAUGAGACUUUUAGAAAUUGUAUUUUGGAUCUGUUCUAACUUUAUUUUUGGGAUAUUUCAAUCUCCUAUCUCCAAGCUAAUACUUAAAAACUAAAAUGUUAUUUAACUUGACGUUAUACGUUCACUUUAUUGCGGACCUGCUCAUGUUCAUGUUAUUCCAUCCUGAGAAGACGGUGCUGGGCGCAGCUAUGGUUUCUUCUCUUCUAGUUAAUCUUCAUCACAACCAGGUGGACAGGUUCACUCUCAUAUGCAAAAUUAUCAGUAGCUAACUUUUUUUAAAAUGACAUCCUUCUUUUCUGUGCAAUACUUUCUUCAGUUAAUUUACUACGGAGGAGUCAACAUUGAAUAUGUGAUGCUGAACAAUGGUUUUCAAUAGGUCAGUCAAAACUCAGAUUCAUGUUGUACAGAUAUGCACUGAAUCUGAAUUUAUUGCAUAACAAGCUAGUAACAUUGGAAAUUGUGCACUGUUUCUCUUAUCUCAAUGUUGUCCCAAUCCAUAUGUCAGUGUAUUCCAAUGCACUUUAUUACAUAAAAGAAUAUGAUUGUCGUAGCAUUCAGCAGCUGCUAUUAUGAUUGUAAUGAGUAUUUAAUGAUGUUAAAGAUAUAUGGCUUGUAGGUCCUGCCAUGUUUCCACCAUUUCACCUCUUCAUCUGGAUUUCAGGUUCAUGGUUGGUGGUGAUCUUUAAAAUUUAACUGAAGUCAUCUUUCACGAGUGUUACUGAAAAGCAAAUGUCAACAGAUUAAUUGUACAAGGUCUUCACUGAUCUUAUCCUUGAUAUUCAUUUGCUUGCUUUCACAAUGCAGCGCAUUGGUUUGUGAUUAGUGCUUCCCAUAUGCACCCUUUGAAUAUAGAGGCCAAUAUUAACAUCAUCUCUGACAGAGAAAUGGCAACUUGAGACUGACCACAAAUCAAGCUUGGAGCUUAUUUGGAUGUAUUCUGGUCAGUGCAAUUGUCACUGGAAAAUGUAAAUAAUUCAUUUAAACUGCUUGUUUCAGUGUACACAUGCUGCAAUUGAAUCAGUUUUCCUCCUGUUUCUUGAAUGGAGUGGCUGUAAACAAUACAGAAUUAUCUCAGUGUGGUAAAAGCUUUGAGAUCGGUUACUGAAUUAAAACUGUAUCAGCAGAAUGCACAAGUUUUUUUUCCCCUAAAUAGUUAAACUACUUUUGAACAUUUUAGAUACUUAGUGGUAAGUCAACACACAGUCAGAUACAGUGCUAUGUUUCAGUAGUAUUUGUAACAGCAGAGAUUUUCAACUGUACUAGUAUUAUUUUCCUUCUUAAUCUAUCAGUUUUAAGAUUAACCACACGUCAUUAUUGUCUUAUGUUUUCAUAUUUAGUGGGAUCACUCUGAAACUCUACCAGAAAGCAGACCUGUUCAUCCGAUUGGUUUAACUGCAAUUCAAACCUGUACUCUAACUCUCAGUGGUUUCUAAUUCUAAAAUACAGCAUGUCACUCCAAUACAAAAUUGCUCGUUUGGAUACAAUUUAUCAAUCAUUUUAGUACACAAUCUUGACUGCCUCCUAAGUUUGUAUUUCUGAAAAUUGUGACAAGCUAAAAUAAUUCUUUUUCACUGAGUUAUUUAUUUUCUAAAUUGUAACCUGAAUGAACACGGAUUUUUUUUUAGUUGAAUUAAAAUAUUGUAGCGUAUGAGGUUUCAUUUUAAACUACUAUUUUCCUUUGUAUCUUCCACCAUUAGUUAAUAAAGUUCUUAAUCAUU